UGGGAGCCUCUUCCGGCUUUAGCUUCAAGCGGACCGCGCCGGCUUCAGGUGGGUUUGCCGGGGUCUUCCUUGCUGUGGCUGGUCUCGGCCUUUGGUGGGAUCUGUCCCGUCCGGACUGAGCCAGCCAGAGCGAAGGUGUCGUUGGUUGCGCGGUUCCGGGCUCCGCGGACGCAUGGAAGGAAGGGACGGCGACCCUAGGGCUGGCGGGUUAAGGCCCGGCGUCGUAUCCUGUUCUCUGCGGGAUGGUUGGAUUUUUAAUGUCCGAGGACCCUAGUGUUGGGCAGAUCAGCAGGUGUUUAAAGAGGCUCGAGCUGACAUAGAAAUUAGCCCAAGGAGAGAAAAUAGCACGUUGCUUGCUUGGAGGCGGGGCAGGGUGUACAGUUCUUUGUGCACUCUCAGUCUCCCUCCGACCGCCGGCAGCCUUUUGGGUUUCAGGUGCCCGCAGGAGCUAAUGCCAGAGCCUUUGUUCUUGUCCCUCAGGCUACUUGAAGAGUUUUACCCAAACAUGGAUAUCAGACCAAAUCACACGAUUUAUAUCAACAACAUGAAUGACAAAAUUAAAAAAGAAGAAUUGAAGAGAUCCCUGUAUGCCCUGUUUUCUCAGUUUGGACAUGUGGUAGAUAUUGUGGCUUUAAAGACCAUGAAGAUGAGAGGGCAGGCUUUUGUUAUAUUUAAGGAACUGGGCUCAUCCACAAAUGCUUUGAGACAGUUACAAGGAUUUCCAUUUUAUGGUAAACCAAUGAGAAUUCAGUACGCAAAAACAGAUUCCGAUAUAAUAUCUAAAAUGCGUGGUACUUUCGCUGACAAGGAAAAGAAAAAGGAAAAGAAGAAAGCUAAAACCAUGGAACAGGCUGCAGCAGCUGCAAACAAGAAGCCUGGUCAGGGAACACCAAAUUCAGCUAAUACUCAAGGAAAUGCAGCACCAAAUCCUCAGGUCCCUGAUUACCCUCCAAACUAUAUCCUGUUCCUUAAUAACUUACCAGAAGAGACGAAUGAGAUGAUGUUAUCCAUGUUGUUCAACCAGUUCCCUGGUUUCAAGGAAGUUCGCCUGGUCCCGGGGAGACAUGAUAUUGCGUUUGUAGAAUUUGAAAAUGAUGGGCAGGCUGGAGCAGCCAGAGAUGCUCUGCAAGGGUUUAAGAUCACACCAUCCCAUGCCAUGAAGAUUACCUAUGCCAAGAAGUAACACGGGGAGUGCCAGUUUUAAAGGACUUGGUAUUAUUUAUAGCUUUUGUUUUAAUUAUAUUCAGUCAAGUUGUUUGAAAUGGUUGGAAGUGAAGGUGAAGUUUUGGAAAAAGAGUCACCUAAUUUUUUUUUAGUUUUGGUGAACUAUGAAAUACAAAGCCUUAAUUUUGUACAAUAAACUUUUAUUUGUA